GUUAGGGAGGGUUUUCACACAGGGAUGGUGAGGGAACGGUGAUAAAUUCCCAUGGUACUGUUAGGGAGGGUUUUCACACAGGGAUGGUGAGGGAACGGUGAUAAAUUCCCAUGGUACUGUUAGGGAGGGUUUUCACACAGUGAUGGUUUGGAAGGUGCUGUCUGUCUGGGAGAGUUGCUGCAGUGCAUCCUGUAGACGGUACACACUGCUGACACUGUGUGUCGGUGGUGGAGUGAGAGGUUGUGGAUAGGGUGACUAUCGAUAAGGCUGCACUGGGUUUGGAAGGUGCUGUCUGGGUGAGUUGCUGCAGUGCAUCCUGUAGACGGUACUCACUGCUGACACUGGGUGUCGGUGGUGGAGUGAGAGGUUGUGGACAGGGUGACUAUCGAUAAGGCUGCACUGGGUUUGGAAGGUGCUGUCUGGGUGAGUUGCUGCAGUGCAUCCUGUAGACGGUACUCACUGCUGACACUGUGUGUCGGUGGUGGUGAGAGAGGUUGUGGACAGGGUGACUAUCGAUAAGGCUGCACUGGGUUUGGAAGGUGCUGUCUGGGUGAGUUGCUGCAGUGCAUCCUGUAGACGGUACUCACUGCUGACACUGGGUGUCGGUGGUGGAGCGAGUGAGUGAGUGGUUCUGAAUGGGGUAUCUGUCAAAUGGGUUGCCAUGUGCAGGAUGGUGUUUGGCUCCUUGAGUGUUGAAGCUGCCCAGGACCAGUGAAGGUUCUGAGAACACUAAGCUGAUGAGAGGGCCAGCGGGAACGGGUAGAGUGUGCAUCUCGUCAUGCACCCCAGCUCAGACCCUGGGAUGUACAGCAAAACACAGAAAACCGCACGUUUAAUCCCAAUGGUGUGCCAAGUGUAAAACGUCUCCUUAAAGCCCUCUUUCUGAUGCUUUCCUUCGCUGGACACAGUGAGAGGCCUCUCCUAUGUCCUGGCAUCAGCUGGCCAUUCUCUCACCCAGCUGUCUGCGUGUGAGACCAGUGGAAGGUGACAGGAAAGGGAAAGCAGAAGCCCUAUGUCCGGUUGAAGCAGGUUAGACAGCAGGCAGAGUGUGGUCUGGAGAAUGUACCUGACAGAAAUGUUUCUAAUUGUGUUUUUUUGCAUUUUCAGGGUAUGAAACUGAAUGCAGAAGAGUUCAAUGCAAUAUUCACAUUUUAUGACAAGGAUGGAAAUGGUUACAUUGACAGUCACGAGCUGGAUGCAUUACUGAAAGAUUUGUAUGAGAAAAAUAAGAAGGAGAUGGAUAUUAAGAAAAUGACUGCGUACAAGAAAAACAUCCUGUCUCUGUCGCACGGUGGCAAGCUGUAUCGGAGAGAGCUGGAGAUGAUAUUGUGCACAGAACCUUUGUAGAAAGGGUCUCGCUGACAAAGAAAGCACCGCCUACGUCAUUCACGGCACCAUCCACCCACAGAACAAAACUGUGGUCUGAAAAGCACAGUUUUAUCCUGCAGAUUAAAAAUGCCAGAAGGGAUAGGUGUCAUUCUUUUCUAUGUCUCUCCUUUCCCCCAGCAUCUUAAAGCAACAAAUGGUAUAAUUAUAUACGUACGUACAUACAUACAUACAUAUACAUAUAUAAUAUAUAUAUAUAUACUGUAAUAUAUACACAGAGAGAAGCACAUUGUGUUUUGGUAAAUGCUUUUGUUUGCUAAAAGUAUGCCUGGGAUUUAAAGCAGAAGAUCAGUUAAGCAAGAGGCAAUUAAUUUUUGAUUACUCUGCUGCAUUCACAUUCAAUAUCUUGUCCUGGCUCUGAAGUUUCGAUAGUCCACAGGCUGAAGGGUUAGCAGGAUCUGUGCUGGCUGGCCUGCCUCCCAUUUGUGUGAGGAAGGAUCAGGUCUCGUACAUCUCUGGCCUGGCAUCGUUCACUGCCUUUCCCAUCCAUCCCUCUCUCCAAACGAAAUCCACCUUCAAUUAUUCGGGUCCUCCAAGUAAAGUGGUUGGUGAGAUUGAAAGAUAAGAUUCAUAAAGUUUAGAGGUAAAGAGAUGUCGAGCAGAAUCUCUUCACCCAAAGGGCAAUUCAGAUUCAGCUUUUAUAUAUCACAGGUACAAUGAGAUGCAUCAGCAACCAACACACCCUAAGGAUGUGCUGCGGGCAGCCCGCAAGGGUUGCCACCCCUUCUGGCACCAACAUUCAACAUUCUGGAUAGUUGAGGCAGAAAUCGGUAACAAAGGACAUUGAAUAAACAAUUAGAAUUCUUCCUUCACCACAACAGAUCCGGUAAAGAAAAUGGGAAUGUUGGAAAAACUCUGUGGACGGGCAGCAUCUGUGGAGAGAGUGCCAGAUUCAACACUUCUGGUCGAUGAACUUCUGUUGGAACUCUCAGAGUAGUUCCCGGCAUGAAAGGUCAGGCGCUUCUCCCUCCAGAGAUGCUGUCCGGCCUGUUGAAUGUUUCCACCUUUGAGUAUGUGAGAUUACUGGAAGGAGCCCAGGCUGAAUGAGCAGGCCUUGAGCUGACGUGGUGACUGAGUCCUGGAGCACUACAGCAUGGAAACUGGUCCAUGCUGAACUUUUCUGUCUAGUCCCAUUGACCCCUCACCUCUUAAAUGUCGCAAUUGAGACUGCACCCACCACUUCCGCUGGCAGCUGGCUCCACCCUCUGGGUGAAGAAGUUUCUUUUCAUUCAACUUGGAAAGUCAUUGGCCCACUUCUCAUCUGACAGAUAUUUUAGCGCAUGGUCUUCAGUAGCUUCGCAUGGGACUAGCAGAUGUUUUGGAUGUAGAUCUAAAGGCACCUGCUAAUGUCAGGGGUCAGUGAUGUUAAUGUUACAUUAGAGUAAUGCCAAUGUAAAUAGUCUGUAGGCUGAAUAUCACAGUACGUUCCUACAUGGGUUAAGGAUGCAACAAAAAAUGUUAGACCCUCACAGAGGCCAGUGAGGAAGCUACAACUUUACAGUCUAAGAUGUAAAGUUGAUCAAGUCAAGGUUCUAGGACAGAAGUUCAAAACUCACCAUUUGCCGGGGAUGAAUUGAGACAGAGUGAAAAGCUUUGCAUCUCAUCCAAACCAGACAGAUCACUAUUAACAUCAGUAAGUACAUUGGUGUAGUACAAUGAGGAAACAAAAAUGCAGGAUGUAGUGUUGCAAACACAGAGGAAGUGUGGAGCACAUGGACAAGUUAGUUGUAAGGAACAUGUCAAGGUGGAAUGAGAGAUUACACAAGAGAUCAUUUCAAGAACCUUAUUACAGUGGGAUAGAGGCUGUCACUGUGGUAAUGGGGGGGAGGGGGGUCUUUCAUUAUGUUGACUGCUCUCCCGAGGCAGUUGGAGGUAUGGACAGUCAAUGGAAGGGGGGCUGCUUUUUGUGAUAGACUGGGCUCUGGUCAAAACUCUGCAAACUCCCGCAGUCUGGGACAGAGCAUCUGUGAUGUAAACAAUUAUUAAAGCUUGUUGAGUUAAUGAAUGAUCAUUACUGUCUAUUAAUUAUGUAAAUACAAUCUUUACAGUCUCUUUGCAUCCAAUUAGUACCUAAAUGAUAAGCAAGUUCCAGAUUCCAUUAAUCUAUCUAGCAAUUUAUUUCAAGUGUUGUCACUUGUUGCAUGGUGAUACGUCCUAAAUUUCCUUUUCACUAAAUUGAUUUCCUAUCCUGUAUUCUCAAUGCUUAAAGCUCCGACAGUAUAUUUCAAUACAAUGCUGUUCCCCAGGGGCAGGUAUUAGCAUUUGAUAGGUGUCCAUGAUUUGGAUGAAUUGGGCAUAACUUCCAAAUCUAUAAUUGGUACAAGGUUUGGAGGCAUAGUGAAUGGAAGGAGUAGUGAGAACCGUCAGCCGUCAGUUAGGCUGGAGGAACGGGCGUGGGGAUGUUUGUCAAUGUGUUUGGAAGACCGAGGAGAGGUAAUACAGACCAAAGGGCAUAUUCUAUAAAACGUAUUGGAGGAGCAAAUCUGGGACUAUCUGAAAAAAAAUCAUUGGUUAUAAAUAAGGAUGAAGAGAAUAAGAGCAAGAAAGUCAUGGUGGAACUUUGUCAAACGCUGGUUCAGCCAAAGUUGAAGUGUUGUGUUGGCUCUGGGCACUGCACUGGAGGAAAGGUGUAAAGGUUUUGGAGAGGACAAGGAAGGGAUUACUGAAGUGAUUCUAGAGGUGAGGAACAGUAGUUUUGUGGAUGGAUAGGAGGGGCUGGGGUUGUGAGGAGAUCUUAGAGAGGCAUUGAGUACAGAUAUAGAGACAACUGUGCCCAUGGUGGGGUUUGGGGGUAACGAGUGUGAGACUGGUGAUAGUGAGAGGUCGGUUGUGGAGUUCACAGCUGGGGGAGGAGAAGGUUCAGUUACAGCAUACAGGUGAAAGGGAAGACUGCAAGACCAGGAACAAGGACAGGAAUGGGACUAACAUUCAGCCAGUACUGACUCUGGGUCAAAUAGCCGUCCACGAUAUUGUGUGUUUCUGUGGUUUA